GCGCUUAGAGACGGAGUGAGAGAGAGAGAGAGAGAGGAGAGCGAAAUAAGUGAGACUUUUUUUAUACCUCCGGUCUCGCAACUGUAUUCUCCCAUCUUUCUCGUCCUGGAAGAAAAAGUGAGAAAGAGGUGACAAUAUAAAGUUGGCGAACUUUGUUCAUCCUCAGAAACGCCAUUUUGCUUCCUCUCCGGAACAAGUUUGUAGCUUUUUUUUUUUUCUUAGUCCAUCAUCACCAUUUACCAUCAUCCCCAUGUCUCGGCGCAAGCAGCCCAACCCCAACAAAGUCAAACUAAUGGAAGGCGCCACCGAAGACAAGCGACUGGGGGAAGGGAUCAGCGGGGCUCUGAGCAUGGACUUGGAACAUUCCAGAGAGAAGGAGAACCUCACCUCUGCACAGACACACGAGGAGCACACAGAAGAAAGCGGAGAGACGGAGGAGGACGGAGCUUGCGCAGAGGAAGGAGGCGACGGCGUGGACCUGUCCUCCAUCAACGCCAUGAUGUCCAACGUGAUGAGCGCCAGCCAGCUCAACGGCGGCAGAGACUCCGCCUCCGUCAGCCCCGCCAAGACGCCCGCCAAGUCGCCGUCUGUGAACCGAGCGGGGAGAAAGAGCCAGGAGCCCAAAGAGGACCGUUCCUUCAUAUGCCCCCUGUGUGACAAGAACUGUGGUACUCAGCAUCAGCUAACUAUGCACAUCCGACAGCACAACACUGACAGCGGGGGUACGGACCACUCCUGCAGCAUCUGUGGCAAGGCCCUGAGCUCGGCCAGCUCCCUGGACCGUCACAUGCUGGUGCACAGCGGGGAGAGGCCCUACAAGUGCUCUGUGUGCGGGCAGACCUUCACCACCAACGGCAACAUGCACAGACACAUGAAGAUUCAUGACAAGGACCCUAGCACCAUCAUAGCCUCCAACCCCCCUUCCCCCCUAAAGCGGCGCCGCCCCUCCGCCAAGAGGAAGUCCAGCCUGGAGGAUGAUGGCGACCAGGCCGAGGAGCCGCCCGCUAAAAAGGCCUCCGACGACAGCCCGCGGGAUAAGAAGAACACCGUACAGGGGGCGGAGGAGCUGCACUGUCCAAUCUGCUUCAAGACUUUCAUCUGCAAAUACGGACUGGAGUCGCACAUGGAGACGCACCCUGACGCCUCUCUCAGGUGUGACCAGUGCUGCCUCACUUUCCGGACUCAUCGGGGUCUGCUGCGCCACAAUGCCGUCAUCCACAAGCUGCUGCCGACCGACCCCUCCGGCCGGCCCUUCAUCCAGAACAACCCCUCCAUCCCCCUGGGCUUCAACGACCUGGCCUUCAUCGACUUCUCCUGCCACAAGUUCCCCCAGAUCGCCCAGGCCUGGUGUGAAACAAACUUGCGGCGAAGCACCAGCAAGUUCCACCGCUUUGUGUGUGAGACCUGCAACAAAGCCUUUCCCCUGCAGUCCGCCCUGGAUCUGCACGAAGCCACACACAGCCCUGAGGACGAGUCGGAGGAGAACACCACACCCAUUCCUCAGCAGGGCACACCGCCUGGGUCGGACAAGGCCAGCUUCAUGGAGACCAUGGGCCUUCAGCACAUCUCCCAGGUUAAACCCGUCCCCACAGAGGAAGAGACCCACCAGGCAGUGCUGGACAGCAUCCGGGUGAUCCACGUGGACCCGGCCGCAUCCAGCCUACCUCAGGAGGGCCUCAGCCUCCCCUUGCUGGACCCUACGUCCCUCCAGGGCCUGUCCCAAAAUGCCGCCUUCAACUUCCUGUCCCUGCAGCCCUUCAUCAUGCAGCCGGACAGCGGCAUGGUGGUCAAGCCCUUCUGCAGCGAGGCCGGGCUGGAGCUGGCCGACAUCCAGCAGAUCCUGAAGAUGGCGGCCUCGGCACCCAGCCAAAUCACGCUGCCGCCGCUGUCCAAGGCCCCCAGCAACCCCACGCAGUCCAGCUGUAAGCAGAUGCCCCCUCUGAAGCCAAAGCCCCUGGUGGCGCCGCGCACCAACAUGGCCGCCUCCACCCCGCCCCCCCUCAUGAGCGCCCAGCAGGCUUCGCCGUGCUGCAUCAGCCCAAACCUUCCUCUCCCGCCCAGCCAGCUGCUCAAGAGCCCUGGGGAGUCCUCCUCCUCCUCUUCCUCGAGCAGCCUAGGAUCCGUGGAGAAGAGUCGGAUGGAGGCGGACGGCAUGCUGGACACGCUGAUGCCCAUGGGUACGGGCGAGCGGAAGAUCAAGCAGGAGGCAGGGGAGGAGAAAGACCUGGAAGGGAAGAAAGCCGACUCCCCGGGUCAGUACCCCUGCCGCUUCUGCGACCAGGUCUUCGACUACUCCGGGGUCCUGCAGGCCCACAUGCGCUACCACCUGCGUCUCUCGCCCUACCAGUGCAACAUCUGCGACUACGUGGCCCCCGACAAGGCCACUCUGAUCCGGCACCUGCGUACCCACAGCGGGGAGCGGCCCUACGUCUGCCGCGUCUGCCACUACCCCUUCACUGUCAAGGCCAACUGCGAACGGCACCUCCGCAAGAAGCACAUGAAGAACACCCGCAAGGAGAUCGAGAAGAACAUCGAGUACGUGACCACCACUGCGGGCGGAGUCGGUGCCCCCACCCUGGACCCGCUGGACUCGGCCAGCGCCGGGGACACCACCUGCCGCUACUGCGGGGAGGACCUGAAGAGCUACCGGGCCCUGCAGAUCCACCUCCGAACCCACAACGGCUGCCAGCGCAAGCCCUUUGAGUGCCGCCAGUGUGGGGCGGCCUUCCUGGCCAAGAGGAACUGCAUUCACCACCUGCUCAAGCAGCACCCUGAGGUGCAGGAGGGGGAGAUCGAGGAGCACAUUGCCACCCUGCUGCCUGUCGUGGCCUCUCAAGCUAAGCCCCCCACGCAGAACGGCCAGGUAUCCACCGCGGCCUCUCGGACUGUCAAGGUCGAGGACAUGAGCUUCUAUGCCAGAGAUACAGACCAGCCCUUGGACUUCUCCAAGAAGGGCCAGGCAGCGGCGGGAAACACGGGGGUCUCGUCUGGGAUCAAGCUGGAAGGACUGUACUCUGCUCAGCUCUACCAGUACGAAAGCUCCAUGGAGCCCAUUGACCUCUCCAUGCCCAAGAACCCUGAAAAGAGGCUGAAGAGAGAGGCCGCUGCCACAGAGGUCAGGAAUGAGCAGGCCUCUCCCAGCUCCGAUAUCCCCCACCCUCAGGAGGAGAAGCCCUGCCUGUCCGCAGCCUACCAGCUCUCCCACCCUGUGGCCUCCUCUGUCAAUGGGGUCUCCCAGAAUGCCGGCCGACCGAUGAAGCUGAAGCCGCUCCUGCCUAAACCGACCUCUGCCUCCAGCAAGGAGCUACCUCCUCUGGCUUCCAUUGCCCAGAUCAUCUCCUCUGUGUCAGCCGCUCCCUCCUUGCUGAAGCGGGAGGGUGUCUCCAGCGCCCCCUGCCUGACACCAGAAAAGGGUCGCACCAUCAAAGGGCUCCAUGCAGACUUGGAGUCGUCCAGGGGGGAACAGAGGCUUGCUGACGCCAGCAGCCCGGGAACCUCGUCAGACAGCUUGUCCCCAGAGGAUUCCAAGAGCAGGGGCAAGAAACGACAGCAAAGCAAGAAGAAGCCCAUCAACUUCGCCGAGUUAGACACGGGCAGCGGAAUCGACCUGGAGUCCAGCGGGGAAUUCGCCAGCGUGGAGAAGAUGCUGGCCACUACCGACACCAACAAGUUCAGUCCAUAUCUGCAGGCCAACACGGUGGCUCCUGGGAAGGCGGAGGGGGAGAGGCCGUCCACCAGCGAGGAUGAGAGGGAGGGUCAGGAGGAGAAGCAGUCGCGCCUGCAGGCGAAAGGGAAGAAGAAUGCCUACUCUAACUCCCUGCAGAAAAUGACCUGCCCCUACUGCCCCCGCGUCUUCCCCUGGGCUAGCUCCUUGCAGAGACACAUGCUCACACACACAGGUCAAAAGCCGUUCCCCUGCCCACAGUGUGAUGCCUUCUUCUCCACCAAGUCCAACUGCGAGAGGCACUUGCUACGGAAGCACGGGGUGGCCAAUCGCUCGCUGCGACACAACGGCAUUCUGGGCAAAGCCAAGGUGGAGGAUGGGUCACAUGAGAGCGCAGAGAGCAUGUCGGAUACAGACAUGGUCACUGGAGACGCUAUGGACCUCACAGCCUCCGAGUCCAAAGAGGCAACCGAUUCCCAGGGGUCCUUCUCCGACGGUCAGCUGGAAACGACCUCAUCAGAACCGCCGGGCCACCAGAGGGAGCGAGAGAGCCGGGGAGCCCACUCGGGGCUAAAGACCCCCGAGAGCAACACUGAAGAAAAUGACGAAGAUUCCCAGAGCAACAAGAGCCUGGACCUGAACUUUGCUCGCAGGCUGAUAGACUUCAAGUUCUGCGAAGGCGAGCAGCCAGACCAGCAGCCAGCAGAGGACAGCCUGGGUCUGGAGAGCUGUCUGCAGGAGGAGGACAAGCACACCUGCACUACCUGUGGGAAGAGCUUCCGCUACGCAGCCACCCUGACCCGCCACCAGAGGGCGCAUUUGUCAGACUGCCAGACAGAGGAAGGGAGGAAGGAGACUCCGCCAUCAGAGUCCAGCCUGGAGCCCCAUAACCAUGAGGGGGAGGUUGAGGAGGAGGUGGAGACAGAGGAAAAGAAGGGAGCGGCGGAGGGCGAGGGAAACUGCAGCGGAGCGGACAGCGGCUCGGAGGAAGAGGACAAAGACAAGGAGGAGAAGAGCGAGGAGGAGGGCGGAGGCGCCGAGGCGAAGCGCGGCGACGGUGAGGGGGCGGGAGGAGCCGGGAACAAAGCUGAUAAAAGAAAGAAAAUCUGCAGUGUGUGCAACAAGCGCUUUUGGUCGCUGCAAGACCUAACCAGACACAUGCGCUCUCACACAGGUAAAUAUGACUGUGAGAGGCCCUAUCAGUGCCAGACGUGCGAGCGCACCUUCACCCUGAAGCACAGCCUGGUGCGGCACCAGCGCAUCCACCUGAAGCCCCACGGAGCGGAGGAGGGCGGCGAGGGGGCAGGAGGGGCGGGUGGCCCCAGAGCGGGGUGCAGCGAGGAAGAGGUCGCCAGCAGCGACUCCGGCGACUCCACCCCGGGCAGCGGCACCCCGCCCUCGGUGCCCGAGAACGAGGCCGAGGCAGCGGCCGGGUCGCAGGCCAGCUCCCAGGUCGGGUCCCAGGCCAGCUCCCAGGUCGGGUCCCAGGCCGGCUCCCAGGUCGGGUCCCAGGCCGGCUCCCAGGCCGGGGAGCAGGCAGAGUCGGAUAGCCUGGCGGACGAGAGCACGGAUAGCCAAACGCAGAACUCACCCCAGACACAAGACUCCAGCCUCUCUAUGGAGGAACCUCCCUCGGAACCCUUAGGCGAGGAACCCCCCGCCAGGAACACAGAGCCCGCAGGGGACUACAUCCAAGGCCUCCUGGAGAUCCACACCAAGCCCUCCCUGGACCACCUCCUGCCCUCUGGUGAGCCCCCAUUGGUGGGGGUGGAGUGAUGGCCCACCCUUUUUCCACCUAGGAGUCCGCUUAUUGGUCAGCGCUGUUGUGUCACAUUGCCACAACAGCUGCUGUACCAGAAUGGGAGAUGGUGCCAUCAAACUGCAAUCACCUUUCUAAUGCAAUGAACUGUACAGAAAAAAAACCCUUGCUUCCGAGUGCCUUACUACUACUUUUGAAUCAAGUUACAUUAAAUGGAUGAUGUCAUUUUUCAUAGAAUUUUUAUGAUGAUUAUUUUUUUAACUUUGAAAGAACCAUACUGAAAAUACAAAAAAUGACAAUAAAUUAGUGAUUUGCUGUAGCGAUGUGUAUGAUUGAUGGAAAGAGAAGAGGUAGUAGUAGUUCAGUGUUCAGCAGCAGAAAAUACAGGAAAACUAACACCAUCAGACCUGGGUAAAAGGGCAGUGAAUUUGAUCACAGAACUGGAAGACUCCAGUCCUCAACUGGACAAGAUAAACAAGGUAUGUCUGUGAGAAAAUGAGUGAGAUUGGAAUAAAAGUGAUAAAUGAA